GCACCACUCUGCAGCUGUCAAUCAGCUGACGUCAGCGUGUGCUCUGCAGGUGCAGGGAGAAAGCUGCUGCAUUGGUGCAAUAGGGAGCCGAAGAAAUAUCGAGGGAUGGCAUCAGCUACAGACUCCCGUUAUGGGCAAAAAGAAUCCUCGGACCAGAACUUUGAUUACAUGUUCAAGAUCUUAAUUAUUGGGAAUAGCAGCGUGGGUAAAACCUCCUUCCUCUUCAGAUAUGCAGACGACUCCUUUACCCCUGCAUUUGUCAGCACGGUGGGAAUAGACUUCAAAGUGAAAACCAUUUACAGGAAUGAUAAAAGAAUCAAGCUGCAGAUCUGGGACACUGCAGGCCAGGAAAGAUACAGAACAAUCACCACAGCCUACUACCGGGGUGCCAUGGGCUUUAUUUUGAUGUAUGAUAUUACCAAUGAAGAAUCAUUUAAUGCUGUACAGGACUGGUCCACUCAGAUCAAGACAUAUUCCUGGGAUAAUGCUCAGGUUUUACUGGUCGGUAACAAGUGUGAUAUGGAAGAUGAACGGGUAGUGUCUUCAGAGCGAGGAAGACAACUGGCAGAACACCUAGGUUUUGAAUUUUUUGAAGCAAGCGCCAAAGACAACAUAAAUGUGAAGCAGACAUUUGAACGCUUGGUGGACAUAAUCUGUGAAAAGAUGUCUGAGAGUUUGGACACAGCUGAUCCAGCUGUCACUGGAGCCAAACAAGGACCUCAGCUCACCGACCAGCAGGCUCCACCACACCAGGACUGUGCCUGCUAAGGAACAUGCCUUUCCCAUAUACACACAGCACUCCACACCCCUGCCCCUAUCUCCUGCAUAGUGGUGACCUCUCCUUCACUGACCUUUGAAACCUGCAUAUCAUCUGAAAAUGACUUUGUCUGUUACAACCUUUUUAGUUAGAAUCUAUGUAGCAGUGAGAGAGUAAAAACUGAGUGGUUGAAUAAAAAAAAAAUAUAGUUUAAAAAUCAAAUUAUAUAAAUAUUAUAUAUCUAUAUAGAGUUUAACAAACUGAGUGGGUACAACAAUUAGAUGAUUGGAGAAAUGCCAUGUUUUCUCUAUAAAAGUAUUCUUGCAUCAUUCCAAGGAGUUUUUUACAGCUUUACUGCACAAUAACAAGUAAUUUUCCAUAUAUUGCAUACCAGGGCUGAUUUGAAGGAAGAACUGUACUGAAAAAAAAAUACAAAGACUGCUAUUGCUGAAAAUGCCUGAGUAUCUGUUUCUGUUACAAGCCUGAAACAAGAUUGCAGAUAAGGAAAGCUGGACUGAAGUCAGAACUCCUAAUCUACAAACUUGUUGCAAGUCAAUAUUCAGAACGUACUGAGACUAUUACAUCCGCAUGACAACCAGGGAACUAGUAUAAUAAGGUAAACCUCAUUCAUGCUUCUUUACUAGAAGUUUCUUUGUGAUCUUAGCACAAAGAGCAGUUGACCUGGGUUAAGACUGGAGCCCUAUACUUUUACUUGGGCAUUAAAGUAUAUCGAUCAACCUUCAGGAACCGGACAAAGGCUCCUUUUUGCAUUCCACCUUUGUGGUAGUUUGCUUCAAAACAGUCCCAGCAUCUUAUGAAAAGAAAAAAUUAACAAAACCUAAUUUAAUACAAUUCAGCAUCUGACCAUGUUUUUAAGAGCAUGAGUGACUGCUCCUGGAGACACCUGAGCACUUCUGCCUUUAGUACUUCUGGGAGCAAUUUAUGAAUGAAAUCUCCAGGGCAACAAUAUUUCUUUGCUGUGGAACAUCAGUGUGUGAUCUGAAAAGUCAACAGGCUGCAAGAGUAUUAGACAUCUCUGACUAUGGUCUCUUUAAUUGUACUGUUUUUCUUUUUUUUAAACACAAAUAUGUUUAAUCCUAUGUUCAACUGUCUAUGCAUUGCAAGAAAGGGACAAGGGCCGAUUGUAAUGCUUUUUUUUACCCCCCUAUUAAUCCUGGGAUCAAUAUGGCUUAAAAUAGCUCUGUUGUGCAAAUAUUACUUUUAAGGCAAGUAUUCAUAUUGGCACUGACUGUAUAAAUUCGAUUUCUUCAACCAUUUUGUUGCAGUACCCAUCAGAAUUCAGAGACCCUAUAAAUGUGUAUGCAUGAAACGUGAAUGUUCUAUCAGUUUAUCCAGCAUUGCUUUUUUUUUUUUUUUUGGUGUGUAUGUGUGUGUAUGCGUGUGUGCAUUUAAACACUAUAUUGUAACUCUUCCCACUUUUUGUGUUAAAUUAUUUACAUAUAUAUAUAUAUAUUGUUAUAUUUUUGUUUUACUGUGUCUGAAUCUGCAAUAUGUAUGUAAGAAUUUUAUCUUCCUAUUUAAAUGGAGUGACGUUUCAGGUUCCUGCCACAAGGAGGCAGCUGCUUGUAGAGGAGUACUGUGGCCAGUAAUAGUCCUUUUUAAUGUCCUGACUUUAGUCGGUGAUACAAAUAUUACCCUCAACAUAAAUAGUUCUAGUUCUAUUUAAUUUUCCAUCUCCUAGAGUAUAUAGUAACAUAAAUAUAUAGCAAAUUGUAUGUUAAAUAUUAUAGGGUUUUAAAAACUGCAGUUGAGUGCUGUGACUUUCCUCUGCAAUUUUGUUGAUGUAGUUACAAUAGAAAAUGUGAAAAAAAAAAUGAUAAUUUUUGUUUUAAUAAUUGUAUUUAUAAAAAGAGCCAGCUCUAUAUAAAAUCUGUUUAAAGGUGCAACAGUUCCAUUUGAUUAUUUUAUGUUUUGAAAUAGAAACUUGCGCGGUACAGACACAAUGUUCUGUGGCAAGGAUCCACAUCACAGUAUUUAACAGUCAGUAUCACUGCAGACACUUGAAAUAAGCUUAUUGAACUAGCCUUACAAUAAUUGCAGUGUAUGCCAAAAUGUUUUUUUGCUUAAUUUAGACACGUUCAUUUUUCACAUCUGUGGGACUGUAUUUUUCACACACCAUAACCAUUACAUCCCUUUCUUUUUAGUCGUAUAUUCUUCUAGUUAAAGUUGUUUAUAAUGACAGGUACUCGUUUUAAAUGACUGAAAAGAGAUCUUAUAUAAAGGAAUUUAAGCAAUGAUAAAUUCAUUGAGUGAAUUCUUCAGGACAUUGCUGGAGAUGGCUCCAGUCAGGAACAGUGGGGCCUUUGGAGAUUCUUGCACAUAAAAGAGAAACUUCUGUCGGGGUGUUGCAGAAAUGAAUAAAACGUUGAUGGUUGCACCUUUAACAAGAUGGUUUACUUGAUUUUUCCAAGCUGAGAAUAAAAUCUACAGUCUGCUGUAAAAAA